CAGGGGGCGCUCUCAUGACUUCCUCUUGUAAGUGGCUGAAGUGCAGGGCGCCUACAUCCAGCGAGUAGAGCUGGUGACGGGUGGACCAUGGACACUGUGGGGAAGGUAAUUACAUGCAAAGCAGCAGUUGCCUGGGAGGCAGGGAAGCCUCUGAGUAUUGAAGAUGUAGAGGUGGCGCCACCCAAAGCUCAUGAAGUGCGCAUUAAGAUUGUGUCCACAGCUGUUUGCCACACUGAUGCCUAUACGCUAAGUGGUGCUGACCCUGAAGGAUGUUUCCCAGUGAUUCUUGGCCAUGAAGGAGCUGGCAUUGUAGAAAGUGUAGGAGAAGGUGUUACAAGAGUUAAAGCCGGAGACAGAGUUAUUCCUCUUUAUAUUCCUCAAUGUGGGGAAUGUAAAUUUUGUGUGAACCCUAAAACCAACUUGUGUCAAAAGAUCAGGAUUACUCAAGGUCGUGGUUUUAUGCCUGACGGUACCAGCAGGUUUACUUGCAAAGGGCAGCAGAUUUUUCACUUUAUGGGCACCAGCACCUUCUCUGAAUACACAGUUGUUGCUGACAUCUCUGUUGCUAAAAUAGAGGACUCUGCUCCUCUGGACAAAGUCUGUCUGCUGGGCUGUGGUGUUUCCACUGGAUAUGGAGCAGCCCUGAACACUGCCAAGGUGGAGCCAGGUUCUACCUGUGCAGUAUUUGGCCUUGGAGGUGUUGGCCUUGCUGUUAUCAUGGGAUGUAAAGUAGCUGGUGCCAAGCGAAUUAUUGGAGUUGACCUGAACAAGGAAAAGUUUGAAAAGUCCAAGGAGUUUGGGGCCACUGAGUGUAUCAGUCCCUCAGACUAUCAAAAGCCAAUCCAGGAAGUGCUGGUCGACAUGACUGAUGGAGGCGUGGAUUAUUCCUUUGAGUGCAUAGGAAAUGUUGGCGUCAUGAGAGCUGCAUUAGAAGCUUGUCACAAAGGCUGGGGGGUAAGUGUCAUUGUGGGAGUAGCAGCAUCUGGACAAGAAAUUGCAACUCGACCAUUUCAGCUGGUCACUGGGCGCACAUGGAAAGGAACGGCUUUUGGAGGUUGGAAGAGUGUAGACAGUGUUCCCAAGUUGGUUUCUGAAUACAUGGCUAAAAAAAUAAAAGUUGACGAGUUUGUGACUCACACUCUGCCCUUCAGCUCAAUAAAUGAAGCUUUUGAACUGAUGCAUGAUGGCAAGAGCAUUCGUAGUGUUUUGAACUAUUAAUGGAUCCUGGAAUACAAGACUACGACCACACUAGAAUCAAGGCGGUAGUUGGAGCACAAGAUUUUAGAUACAGCAAAGUAAUCUAGUUUCAUUGUCUAAUUCUCACCAUUGCCUUCCUGUCUAUCAGCAGCUGAAAUUUCUAAUAAAUAUAUUUUGUUCUGUU